UCAUCCUCACUUCUUAGGCAGCAGGUAAAAGCUGCCCUGUGCAUGUUGCCUUCUUUUUGUUGCUAACAAGUGAUCAGAGAUGAUCUUCCUCCAGCAGGUUUAGCACACUCGAAGCAUGGCUACAAGUGCUGUUCCCAGCGAAAACCUCCCCACGUACAAGCUGGUGGUAGUUGGAGAUGGUGGCGUGGGGAAGAGUGCUCUCACCAUUCAGUUUUUCCAGAAGAUUUUUGUGCCGGACUAUGACCCAACUAUUGAAGACUCCUACCUGAAGCACACGGAAAUAGACGGGCAAUGGGCAAUUCUUGAUGUUCUGGAUACUGCAGGCCAAGAGGAGUUCAGUGCAAUGCGAGAGCAGUACAUGAGGACUGGAGAUGGUUUCCUUAUAGUCUACUCGGUGACGGACAAGGCUAGCUUCGAGCACGUGGACCGGUUCCACCAGCUGAUCCUCAGAGUCAAGGACAGAGAGUCCUUCCCGAUGAUUUUGGUGGCGAACAAAGUUGAUCUAAUGCAUUUACGGAAGAUUACAAGAGAACAGGGAAGAGAAAUGGCAACAAAACAUAAUAUUCCCUAUAUAGAAACAAGCGCCAAGGACCCACCUCUAAACGUUGACAAGGCUUUCCAUGAUCUCGUGAGGGUAAUAAGGCAACAGAUCCCAGAGAAAAGCCAGAAGAAGAAGAAAAAGACCAAAUGGCGAGGGGACAGAGCCACGGGCUCCCACAAACUCCAGUGUGUGAUUUUGUGACGGGACUGCCUGGGAGUGCCUUGGACGCCUCCCUCCUCCCCCCUUGACCCACC